AUGGCUGUCGUCGUUUUACUUUCAUGGCCAGUGCUGAUCGACAACAACAUAGUCGAGGCCAGAAGAGAUUUUCCGGCCACAAUGACGGCAGCAGUGGCCUCCGUUACUGGAAAAGAAAAGAACAAUUUUCAUAACAUUAGAGAAAGACUUGAGACUAGCGGAGGUCUAGUGGAGUGCUGGACGGCUCUGCUGGAGCUGAAGUCGUGCUCGAAUGAGAUUGUGCUCUUUUUUCUCAAUGGCCAGACCAAUAUCGGACACGACUGCUGCAGAUCUGUCGUCUUCAUCGCUCGCAACUGCUGGCCAGCCAUGCUUACCUCCUUAGGGUUUACUGUCCAGGAAGGUGACAUUCUCCAAGGCUACUGUGAUGCAAUAGCAGCUGCACCGCCGCCACCUGCCGCUGUUCCUUCACCAUCACCAGCUCCUUCUGUCGUUCCGCCUCUUGCUAAAACCACCUUGUUCGAUUAG